AUAUUAACAAUGGAUAAGCUACUAUCAUCUCUAAUUAACAUUCGUGUAAAUGAAGAGUUAAAAAACAGCAGUAAUAUUAGUGAUAGAUUAUUAUAUAUAGUUUGGAAUAAUAUAUUUUUAAGAAAUGAAAUUUAUAAACAUCUUUUAAAGUUUAUUAAACAUGGUGUUGUAAAUUUUAAUAUAUCCCGUUAUGACCAGUUUAAAUAUAGAUCAUAUAUAACAACACUUAAGUGGGAUGGUGAUCUACUACCAGAUAAAAAUGAAUUUCCACCAUUCUUGACAGAUUUAUAUUUGUGUAGUUUUCAUAAAAAGCUAACUCCAGGAUCUUUACCAAAUACAAUUACUACACUCACAUUUAGUGAUAAUUUUAACGAAGUAGUUCCACCCGACACAUUUCCAAAUAGUCUCACAACACUCGUAUUCGGUAAAAUUUAUAACCAAGUAAUUCCACCCGGAUCAUUACCAAAUAGUCUCACAAUACUCAAAUUCAGUUAUCAUUUUAACCAAGCACUUCCACUCGGCACAUUACCAAAAAAUCUUACAACACUCACAUUCGGUGAUUGUUUUAACCAAGAAAUUCCACCCGGCACAUUACCAAAUACUCUCACAACACUCACAUUCGGAAAUAAAUUUAACCAACUAUUUCUUCCCGGCACAUUACCAAAUACUCUUACAACAAUCGUUUUCGGUUAUUGUUUUGACCAAGUAGUUCCACCCGGUACAUUACCAAAUAGUCUUACAACACUCACAUUUGGAACUAAAUUUAACCAAGUACUUCUACCCGGCUCAUUAGCAAGUAGUCUUAAAACACUCACAUUUGGCCAUCGCUUUAACAAAGUAUUUCCACCCGGUUCAUUACCAUAUAGUCUUACAACACUCACAUUCGGUGAUAGUUUUAACCAAGUAAUUCCACCCGGUACAUUUUCAAAUUGUCUCACAACACUCACACUGGGAGCUAAUUUUAACCGAGUAAUUCUACCCGGUACAUUACCAAAUAGUCUUACAACAAUCACAUUUGGUGAUAGUUUUAACCAAGUAGUUCUACCCGGCACAUUACCAAAUAGUAUUACAUCACUCACAUUCGGUGAUUUUUUUAACGAAGUAGUUCCACCCGGUAUAUUACCAAAUAAUCUUACAACACUCACAUUCGGUUAUUGUUUUAACCAAAUGGUUCCACCGGGCACAUUACCAAAUAGUCUCACAACACUCAAAUUCGGUUAUAGUUUUAAGCAAGUAAUUCCAUCCGGAUCAUUACCAAAUAAUCUUACAACACUCACAUUGGGCCCUACAUUUAAAAAAAUAUUUCCACUCUAUUCAUUUCCAAAUAGUGAUACCAACAAAGUUUUAACAUAUAAAUUUUUACCCUGAAAUAGAUUAUGAUAAUAUGUAAAUCAAUUUGUAUUGAACAACAAAGAAUCUUAAUUUUUAUUCAAAUGCAGUAAAAAAACUAACAAUUACAACUAUAAUAACUAUAUUCCAAGAAGACAAAUAAUAAUAAAACAAAAUAAUAAAAAAAUAAAAAAAGU